UCUGUCCCAUCUACCAGUCUGAUCGUCAUACGGGUUGCGCGAUGGCUAGAACCGAAAGGGAUAAACAUUAAAACAACUAGCCUGGGCCAAGGCCGUUCCCGGGUAUUGCCCCAAAGCCAUCUCACGCUCUUCUUCGAUCUUCGAUCGAUUUUACUCUCUCCUCCACUCUUCAAAUAAUUCUACUCCCCUUGUUCUUUUGCACCCGAAAAGUGACAGCAAAGAGAUAUGCCAACUGCCAAGGUCAUUCUCGAAAAUGUCUUUGGCAUGCUGGGUAUCAUCUUCUGGAGCUUCCAGCUAUUGCCCCAGAUCAUAGACAACUAUAAGGCCAAGACGACCAAGGGACUUUCGCCCAUCAUGUUCCUGCUCUGGACACUGGCCGCACUCGGUUUUGGAUCAUACAGCAUUGUCGAGGAUCUGUCUGUCCCUAUCAUUAUCCAGCCCCAUGUCUUUGGUCUGUUCUCGACCAUCUGCUUUUUGCAGUGCUUGUAUUAUGACCGAAAAGCACGCUGGUCGAUGAACCAUACCAUCCUGAUUAGUUUUCUGUUGCUUAUUUCUCUGGCUGGCAUGGAGGUCGGGGCGUACUAUGGCACACGAGCGGGCCUGCGGCAUAGCGUUCCUGGGACGAUCCACGCCGCCGGAAUUAUCCCUGUGGUCCUACUCGGUUUGGGAUUCCUUCCCCAAUAUGUUAAUUUUUUGCAACACCACACCGUCCAAGGCGUGAGCAUGGUCUUUAUUUCCGCCGAUGCCGCUGGCUCGGUCUUCUCGCUUAUCAGUCUGGCCUUUCGUGAGGCCUUCGAUCUGUUGGCAGCCCUGAACUAUGUGAUCGUCCUCGUCUGCGAUCUCAUAGUCAUUGGAUUCUACAUUUACUACAACAGAUUCAAAGGGCCAACACAAACCCCUACGGACGAUGGCGAGCAGCGAACUUGAAUCCAUAUGCACUACAACGCACUCUAUUGUCUGUCGUUGCGGACACUCUCCACUCGUCCUUGUACUUGUAUUCACACUGAACAAAAUUACAUAUUACUAGACCAUACCACUAGACUAUAUCACUAGACUAUACCACUGUCGCAAGUUCUUGGGUUUAAAGGGUAUAUUUAAAGAAGAGUC